AUGGCUUCGAACACACUUGCUGAUGGUGGAGAUGAUGCACCUAAUUACCAAUUACGUGGUGUUGACCAAGUCUCUCCAAACACUGGAACAAAGAGAUAUAUUCCAGAUUCACCCUCUUCGUUGACGCCAGCAGAGGGCAUGUUAUUCGACACAGUUGAUGACGCGUAUAACUUUUAUAAAACUUACGCAGAAGCGGGAGGUUGGACUGAGGGUCAAAAAGACUUUCGACCGGUCGAUACUUUAGUCGAACAGCCGUCUGAUAGGUGGGUACGUAGGGUACCAUCCAAAAGGACCGGCUGCCAAGCUGCGAUCAGAAUAAAGCUUACCGAUGCUAAGAAGUAUUUGCUGUAUCAUUUUACAGAGGCGCACAACCAUGAUUUUGUGCAUGAAGAAGAUUUACAUCUUCUCAAGGAAAACAGAGGUAUUAAUCGUGCACACGAAGAGAUGAUAAACAAGAUGUCACAUCUCAACAUUGGUCCUGUUCGUGCAUUUAACAUUAUGAAGGAAGUGUAUGGUGGGUUCAACAAAGUCGGUGCGACCAAAGUCGAUUUUAAAAAUUUCAAGAAAGAGUUAAAUCUUUUUAUCGGGGAGUUUGAUGCGAAAAUGUUUGUCAAGCGACUGAUGAGGAAAAAGGAGUUUUUACCGAACUUCUCUUGUGAAUACGAAACGACAGACGAAGGUGUGUUGAAGUGCAUUUUUUGGGCCGACGAGGAUAUGAAGAGGAAUUAUUAUAUGUUUGGGGACGUUAUAUCAUUUGAUGCUACCUACAAGCGUAACAAGUAA